AUGUCUCUAGAUAGCAGCUUUGAAAAUUUAGAAUAAUUUAUGUUUCCCUCCUUUAAUGAAAUUCAAAAUGAAGAUUAAAAGGAGGGCCAAUACGUUCUAGACCCAAUUGGUUAGGAGUUAAAUUAAAACCAAUUACUCUAAAAUCCGCUUAAUCAUGGGAAAACUUAUCAAUAAUUGUUUGAAAUUGUGUAAAGAUUAAAUGACAUUAAUUGGGUGGAACCUUAUUCUAAAAUCACUCCUAUAAGGCACUUUACUCCAAUAACCUUCUGGUUUCUUAUUAGUUCUCAAUACUUUAAAAAAGAGGUUGAUCCUAAAAGCAUAAAGUAAUCCAAUUGAGAUAAUUUAUAGCAUAGAAGAAGAAUAUCAAGUGGAUUAAGAUAAAGAGUCUCGCCCAUACACGUAUUUCGAUGAUUGGUUCAUAUUGGAAUUGAGAAACAUAGUAAUCUUUAAUCUAAGAUAGAUGGUUAUAAGAAUUAUAACCCAAAAAUGAUUUGGAAUCAUUACAAACUGAAAUUGAAUAGCAAUUGCUCGAAACCAGAAGACAAUUGAGAAAUUAGAUAGAUGCGAUUUAAAUUGAAAAGCCCAUCUUAGACAUAUAAAAUUAACCUGAUUUUAUUUUGAAAGAUCUAGUUGGAUUGACUGAUGUUGAAAAUCAAUAUCUGACUCAUCUUGAGAGCCAAUAAAAGUAUAUAUAUAGAAUCACAAUAUUGCUAGAAUAUACAACGAAUAAAUAAUUAAUUAAUCAAAACAAUCUAA